GCUUCUGUGCAAAUCGGAAUCAUAUAUAGGAGCUCUUGAGAUUGGAAUACCAAUCAGAGAAACUGAAUUCAUCUCGUCUAUCUUCAAGCGUAACGUUCCUCAAAUUUUUCAGUGGCGCCGCCGCUAACUGUAUGUCUUCCCGCUUACACCUUUCACUUUCCUGUUUCUAUUUGGUCUCUUCAUUUUUAUUUUUCUGCAUUCUGCUUCAAGUUUGAAUUUCUUCAUGCUUUUUGGACAAAAAGUUUGCCUAGCCGCUUGUGAAUGGAUAGCUGAGGGCUGCAGUGUGAAAAGUAAUUGACUGGCUUAACAGUUAACACUAAGCAGUUUUAGUUAUAUAUGACUACUUUUGAGAAUGUUCUUGCUUCUUUUCUCUUCCUGCUAAUGUCCUACAUACAUCUCGAAAUUCCCACAUGUUCUCAAACUUUUGUUCUUCUUUUGAUAAUUAUACCUUCCAAAAUAGCCUUGAUAAAGUUCUCCAACUUAUGCUUUACUUUUGGUCUGCAAAAUCUGCUCACGGUUUUUUUUGGAUUUUUGGGAUGAAAUUUCAAGUUGACCUUUUUUUUAACAAAGGUACAGGGACAUAUUAGUAUGAAGGGAUCACUUCAAGCGAUUUGAGUUGGCUCUUUGAGGUUUAAAGUUUAUCAAUAUUAAUGAGCAUGCUCACAUCUAUAAGUUGAUUUUCUCCUACUUCGAAGGAGGGGGGAAUUUGUUAAUUUCCAUUUAUUCUCAUAGAGGGAUGUAUAUAUCAUGUGUUUUUCUUUUCAGGCCAUUUUUUUGGGUUAGUUUCGUAGGUUUUUUGGAUACCAAAGCUAAAUUAGUGUUUCAUGCUUUCUGAAGCAGCAAUUGAUGUCCCUAUGAUUAAUUUUAUUUUUAGCAUUGUUCAAGUUUGCAAUUGUAUCACAUAUAUGAUUACCUUUUGACGCUCAUGUAAAAUGGCCACCAAACACAUGUUCCCUUAUUGAUAUCAUGUUCUGUUUUAGCCAAAACUUUUAUGCCACCAGUUGGACAUGGAUCUUUUGCCUCCAAGGCACCCAAUUUCUUACAAAUUCUUACUUUUUUUGUUAUUUUCAAAUAUUAUGUCUUUCAAAUUGAACAUUGUACUUCUAUUUUGAGUGCAAAAUUUGUAUCUUUUGACAUAAUUUAAAAGUCUUUAUAAGUUGAAUAGGUAAAAUCAUCUUAACUUAUGAUAUGUCUGUUAAUAAGAAAAUUAAUCCAUAUUCACUAUGGGAACUAAGAGUCUUAAGACAUACCAACUUCUGAAAUAAAAAGAAAGAACAGGAUUUCCCCCUGUUUAGGCAAGACUGUUGUGAUUCUUCAACGUGGUGUCAUGUUUAAACUCCUAGCAAAAGUGUUCUCAAUACAUUGAGUGAUCUGGUUCAUAUUACUGUAGUUAUGUAUGCAAUGAUUCAUGAAAAAAAUGUAUGCUAGUUAUACAAUAAGUGUAUUCUGCCAAUUUCCGUUAAAAGGCUUCUUAAUCCUUUCUUGACAAAGUGGCAAGCUGAAGUUUUUUAAUUUGGAUAGCAAGCUAAGAGUGUUCAUCCUGAUUUGUAGAAGAGAGCUAUAUGCUUAUUAAUCGGCAUAAACACCAUUGCUCUAGGUCUUAUCGGAGCUCAGAGCCUACAGUUUAAAGGUUGAUCCUCUGAGCAUAAGGCCAUAAGCUACUCAAGCUGCAAGGAGGACAAGCAGUAGUCUGACUCAUUUUGAAAGUGUUAUCAGAAGCUGUGGUCACUUCAACCUCUGUGAGUGUGAGCCAAAUUGGAGAAUAGGCUAGAAAAGGGAACUGAUGACAGGCAGUGGUGGAAAUCUUAGUUCCAAUCAGUCAUCUGUGUCUCAUCAAGCUCCCAAAAUCCUAUUAGCCAAACCUGGACUUGUCUCCGCCGGUAAGUUCAACCGUGGUGGACCUGACGAUGAUUCUGCAGCUCACCGUCCACGUCUUCCCUCCGUUGGAUCUCUUAAUCUUCUCUCUGACACCUGGGAUUUCCUCACGGAUCGUUUUCUCCCGUUUCUAACGGAUAAUACGGACUUUACAGUAGUGGGUGUGAUUGGUCCUCCAGGGGUUGGGAAGUCGACGAUAAUGAACGAAAUUUAUGGUUUUGAUGCUAGUUUGCCUGGAACUCUUCCUCCGUUUGCCAUAGAAACAGAAGAAACAAGGGCUAUGGCGAAACAUUGUACGGUUGGCAUUGAACCACGGGUUUCAUCUGAACGGAUUAUACUGCUUGAUACACAGCCUGUUUUUAGCCCCUCGGUUUUGGCUGAAAUGAUUAGACCAGAUGGCUCAUCCACCAUACCCAUAAUAAGCGGUGAAUCUUUAUCGGCUGAGCUAGCUCAUGAACUAUUGAGCAUCCAGCUUGGUGUUCUUCUGGCAUCCAUUUGUCACAUUAUAUUGGUGGUAUCAGAUGGAGUCCAUGAUGCUAGCAUGUGGCAACUCAUGUCAACAGUUGAUUUGCUAAAGCAUGGGAUACCUGAUCCAUCAUCUUUAACCCUUUCUCAUCCUCAAAGCUCUGAGAAAGAAAACAGGGACAGAAUUCUAGAUAGUGGAGGAGAGUACAUGGCUGAUCCAGUUUUUGUGCAUACAAAGCUAUGCACUGAAGAUCUAGCACCAUGUAAUCUUGUUCAACUGAAGAAGGCACUAACACAAUUCUUUUGCUCGCCAUCCUUUGUGAGAUCAGAAAACCACAACACUGCUAAAGAGAGUCAAGUUUCUGCUGUUUCUUCCAACGUUCAAAGUGCUGGUCGAGAAUCUGAAUUUUUAAAAUUAUUUCUAAUUCCAUCUAGAAAUAAGGAUGAUUCCUUGAAGCCUCAGUAUGAAAGCCACAUUUCAGCAUUAUGGAAUUUGCGGGAUCAGGUUUUGUCAAAGAGAGGUCCGUCUUUCUCAAGGACUGUGUCUGAGCGUGAUUGGGUGAAAAAUUCUGCCAAGAUAUGGGAAAUUAUUAGGAAUUCUUCCAUUAUUGUGGACUAUUGCAGAACUCUUCAAAGUUCAGGCAUGUUUAGGAGGAUAUGAUCAUCUGAUGCCAUGCACAGCUGAUUUCGGUACACAAAAAUGAGAUAUUUCACGUUCUGUGUUUACUUUGUGGAAAGAAUACAAGUUGUUGUGAGGUAAGGCAGAUGCGAAAGAACUCUAUUUUACAAUUAGCAUGUAAGGUCUCCUGACCCACGCACAACGGCUUAAUUUCUUGUGUCAUGCUUGGUUAAUUAGUAUGACGAAAGAGAAAAUGAUGUAGGAAAGCUCUGUUUUAGUCUUUUUGGUUAAAAUUAGAAUAGAUUGGAUUGAAU